CGGCGGCCGGCGGAGAGGCUGACUGCAGCGCAGAUUGGGUCAGGCACUUGCGAAGACAGCUCUCCAGAGCCGUCCCAGAAGCCCCCGCGCCACCGGGGUCCUAGCAGGCAGCGCCGCCUUCCGCCGCACGUGUCUGUGGAGAGAUGCCCAAGUCCAAGCGCGACAAGAAAGUUUCCUUAACCAAAACUGCCAAGAAAGGCUUGGAACUGAAACAGAACCUGAUCGAAGAGCUUCGGAAAUGUGUGGACACGUACAAGUACCUUUUCAUCUUCUCCGUGGCCAACAUGCGGAACAGCAAGCUGAAGGACAUCCGGAACGCCUGGAAGCACAGCCGGAUGUUCUUUGGCAAAAACAAAGUGAUGAUGGUGGCCUUAGGUCGAAGCCCAGCGGAUGAGUACAAAGACAACCUCCAUCAGGUCAGCAAGAAGUUGAGGGGUGAAGUUGGCCUCCUUUUCACCAAUCGCACGAAGGAGGAAGUGAAUGAGUGGUUCACGAAAUAUGCGGAAAUGGACUACGCCCGGGCUGGAAACAGAGCCACGUUCACCGUGAACCUGGACCCGGGGCCCCUGGAGCAGUUCCCCCACUCCAUGGAGCCCCAGCUGAGGCAGCUCGGCCUGCCCACCGCCCUCAAGAAGGGUGUGGUGACCCUGCUGUCCGACUACGAGGUGUGCAAGGAGGGCGACGUGCUGACCCCAGAGCAGGCGCGUGUGCUGAAGCUUUUCGGCUAUGAGAUGGCUGAAUUCAAGGUGACCAUCAAAUACAUGUGGGAUGCACAGUCUGGAAGGUUCCAACAGAUGGGAGAUGACUUGCCAGAGAGCGCGUCCGAGUCGGCGGAAGAGUCAGAGGAAGAUGAUGACUGAUGAUGGGCACGUGGACUGAGGGCCACCCGGCCAUGCCAGCUGUCAUCCUGACCACACUGGACUGAUGCUGCCCCUCUUGGAGCAGCUAUUUGUUGCUGUGAUGAAGACAAGAGGGCGAUAGGGACAGACUGUUUCCCUACAAAGAAUAAAACUGUCUGUAGGGUGUCUCCCUGUAGAUGGCAAAGGAACUUUUCUCAGAAAAAAAGGCCUUUGGGUUUGGACUUUUGUUCGGAUUCUUGGGGUUCCUUUUCACAACCUGCGUCAGCUUCCAGCACUAGUUCCUGCGAGACUUCUGAGCCCAGGAGAGCAGCCUCGGGCUUCUCUUCCCUGGCCCUCAGUGCCCUUGCUUGAAACAAGUUUGCUGAGGAAAUCAGGCACGCUGGCCCUGACUGGCAUGGCUCAGUUGAGCAUCGUGCCAUGCACUGAGAGGUUGUGGGCUCAGUCCCCAGUAAGGGGUGGGCAAGAGACAGCUGAUCUGUUUCUCGUUGAUGUUUCUCUUCAUGCCCCUUCCUCUCUCUAAAAUCAAUAAAAUAAAAACAUUUUAUACAGAGAAAAGCAGGCAGUUUGGCUCCUAUUCCUACCCCUACACACACUCCCAAACCAGAGCUGACAAGCUUCUGGAGGACCAAGUGACAGAGGCUUUAGCUGGGACCAGAGUAAAGCCCCUGGGGAAAUCGAGUGUUAAUGUUCCAGAGCAUCCUGGGAGGUCUUGGCGGUGACUCUAAUGAUAGUGGGUUUUUUGCCCAAAUUGUUCUAUUUGUAAAGGACUCCAUGAGACCAUUUCUGAACAGAAAACCUACUUCAAGUUCAAUGGCCAUUUACCCUGUGUGGAAGGGCCACCUGCAGUCCCUCCUGAGAGGUCAGCGCAGGAGGCGGGGAGCCCUUCCCACUGCCUCUGUCCUUCAAUGGGGGUCCAUACUCCUGCGCCCUUCUCCCCAGGCCUUAGGAAGACAGGCUGCUGGCAGCAGAAGAAAGCUCACCAGGUGUGCUGGGGCCUGGGCUACCCCGGUGCCUGCUUUAUUCAGACCGGAAAUGCUGGAGCAACUCACGGCCCCAGCCUUGACAUUUUGUGAAGGCAACUGGGAGUAUUCCAAGAAUAUAGGAAACAUUUGUGAACAGAUGAUGAGAAAGAACAGGCUAAACAAAGCCGCAUAAGGCCAGGGUGAGAACGAAAGGGACCCUCUGCCACCACGUCAGGACGAGGCCUAACGGAAGUAGUUGGGACACUCAUGGGCAACCAGGUGCCAGGCCUGAUCAAAGGCCUGCACAACGGCUGGCUCCAGGGGCCCUUCCUCGGUCGCUGCCAGGUUCUGCUCCAGCUGCUCCA